AUGAACGCCACGAAGGAAGGUAAUGAGCUCCAUGACCUCGAAGACGCCAACUUGAUCGGCGACCUUGACAGAUCACACACCAGGUACUCUACCUGGUUCGCAAGGCAACGACCAGCUCCAGCCCAGGAGUUGUCUGCUAAGACCACUUACACUUUACUGCCCAUCGCGCUGCUACCAAUGAUCAACCAGCCUCCCCCGAACAUAGAACCCUCUUGCUUACCCGACUCACGAAGGCUAGUCGUCCACGACGAAUCGCUGAUCCGCUGGCUCCUUGCGCACGGCGCCGACCCCAACGCCUCCAGCCGGAGAAUGGGGUUUUACGCCGCUCUCGCACCACUCGAAGUAAUCAACCUGCUGUUUGAGCGUGGCGGCUCUACCGCUAACGGACGACUCCUGAAUCGUGCUUCCGACCCAAUUCUGCAAUGUUCGCCGGAUCGCGGCGUCCCUAUCAACGACACACUGUUGGAACAUCGACCGGGACUUGCACACCGGGCAAAUGCCGGGGCUGCCGCAACGCCUUUCCACAAAUGCGGCUGCGGCAGAAAAUGUCGAGUCGGUGAGGUUUUCUCUCGGACCGUGGCGCCACUCGCACGGAUCAAGUUGCCUUUCGACACGGCUGUGGGCUGUGAGCAGACGGUGACGGCGAAGAUUCUGGCGCAAGGACCACCGUUGCCAGCACCGCGCUCUGGCAUUCGGGCUGCUCGGGGAUGGCGAUACGCUUUUUGUACUUCUGGAGGUAAACGCUCAGGGGGGUCCCCGCUCGGUUUUCGGGUAGGGCGGCUCUGGGAGAUUAAGGGAUGA